CGAACAACACAUCCCACCCCCGCCACGUUGUCGCUGGAUUAGUUUCCUGCCCAAUACACCGCUCCUUACAUUCCGCGAUCGGAGUCGAAUUUCAAGAAAAAGAAAAAGAAAAAGAAAAGAAAAGCAAAGCAAAGACAACCAAUUCAAGCCCCCGACCAACCAUGGCCCCGAAACGCUCCCGCGACGAUACCACCACCGCCGACGAGAAGCGGGAAACCACCAACGAUGCCCCCGUGAAGAAGAGAAAGGGUUUCAGCGUCGGUCCUGCAAAUCUCCCAGAUGGAACAUACCGUCGCAAGACCCAGAAAAUUAAAAACGAUUUAAUUCAAAAAGCCAAGGUCAAAAAGGCUUACGCCAAAGUUCGCGCCGCCGAGCUUGCCGCCGCUCCAUCUAGACCCAUCUACACCGACGAUGCCCAAGAUCAAGACGAGGAUAACAAGCGCGCGGACCCGACCCCGGCGUCGUUGGAACUUCACCCGGACCGACAGGCUAUGCUAGACCAGCCGGCGCCGGAACCCGAACCUACUGCUGCUGGUAGACCGCAGCGUGGGGAGAAGCGCAAUGCGAAGGGACGUCGUGAAAGAAAGCCUAAGCCCUCUGCGUUUGCUCGAGAGAUGGAAAUUGCGGAGAAGCGGAGGAAGGAGGCGGAGAAGCGUAGGGAGGAGCGCGAGUUCAGGCAGAAGGAUCGCGAGGCGAUGGCGCGCGCAAAACGGCCGGAUCAGGCUGGGAAGAGGAGAUUGGGGAGGGAGAGUAAGGUGUUGUUGGGUCGGGUGGAACGGUUGGUUGGGAAGGCAUAAGAUGGUGAUAAUGCAUGGCAGGGCAUUUACAAUGUUGAUUUGAUUGCGAAG